ACCGCCUCUCGGCAGCGGCGGCGGCGGCAGGGGUACCAUGGCCGACGACGGUUCCCCUGAAGAGCCGCCCAGUCCGCGGGGCUCCCCGGGCCGGGCGCCGCGGGUUCAGCGUGCGGUCGGGCCGGGCAGCAGCGGCAGCGGCUGCGGGGAGACCCCGCGGACGGCGGCGCUGGCGCUGCGCUUCGACAAGCCCAUCAAGCAGGCCUUCUACAACACCGGGGCCGUGCUGUUCGUGUGCCUGUGCUGCGGCGCCGCCGUGCUCGUCUACUUUAUCCUGGAGGCUUUCCUGCGGCCGCUGCUGUGGGCCGUGCUGUGCGGCACCUUCCUGCACCCCUUCAAGAGCUCGCUGACGCGGCUGGGCCGCCACUGGCUGCAGCGCCUGCACCGCGCGCACACGCCCAUCGUGCUGGCCGCGCUGCUGCUGCCGAUCUGCUUCGCAGACUACGGCGUGGAGGCCCUGGGCGAGCAGGCGCUGCGCCGCCGCCGCCUGUUGCUGCUGCUCGGCGCCGGCGGCCCGCUUCUCUACGGCCUCUACAGCCUGGGCAGCUACCUGGGCGUGCAGGUGCUGCUGGCGCACGCCGGCGCGUUCAUCUGCCGCGGGCUGGACUACUUCAGCAGCCUGUGGAUCUGGACCUUGGUAGUUGGCUAUGUGUUGACUGUUUCAUUCAAGUGGAAUGCAAGCACUGAACGCUACUUGAGAGCAGUUUCAAUUCCUGUCUGGAUUAUAUUGCUUUUUCAUUUAGCAUCCUUGGCUGGCUCAUGGAGAAUUCCGGUAUUCCUGGUUAUUGUUUUCCUGAUGUCUGUGGGCACCCUCUAUGAAAAACAGAAUGGAAAAGAGUCUUCUGGAGCGGAGUUACCAGGGCAAGUUAUCUCCAUGGCAGCUUCUACUCUAGCAACUUUGGCCAUCUCCAUCACAGGGUAUGAAUCGAGCACUGAGGACCAGCCCUCUACCCAGCCUGCAGGGACAGAAACCAUGGACAGAGGAGAACCCCCUCCAACACUGUCCUCAUCUGCUUCACCCUCCUCCCCUUCACCCACCUUGGGCAGACAAAGGCCUGAAGUUGGAACAUUUCUUAGAAAGAAGAAAACUAGCGAUAUCUACUUUGUGUCUCUCCUUUGGGCCAUUCUUGGAGUCCAGAUCUGGUUGAACCUGUGGAUUGUACAGUUGCUGCCAGUGCCUAUUGCAGUAUGGAUACUCAAAAAGCUCGUUAUUCACUUUGGCGUUGUGAACUUCCUGGAGAAGCGCUGCUUGGUGUGGUGGCAGGUUAUAGAGCACUUCCUGAAGGAGCGACAGGAAGCCCUGGCACCAUGGCCAAUUAUCGGGCUUGGAAAAUUCUUGUUAAAAGUUGAUAGCAAGCUCUGGCACUGGCUAAAUAAGAAGAUGAUCAUCUGGCUGGAGAAGAUGUUAGACAAAAUAAUUAGCAUUUUCAUCAUAUUUUUGUUAGUGAUAGGAACCCUUCUUUUAGCCCUACUCCUGACUGCAAAGGUACAUCAAGAGAGUGUACACAUGAUUGAAGUCACAAGCAAUUUGAUUAAUGAAACUCUAGCAAAUCACCCUGAGUGGGCAAAUUGGCUUCCUGAGGCUCAGGUAGUCCAAAGAGCCCUUAAUUCUGCGGCUAACAAUGUGUAUCAGUAUGGACGAGAAUGGAUAACCCACAAGCUUCAUAAAAUUCUUGGAGAUAAGGUGAACAAUACUGCCGUAAUUGAAAAGCAGGUGCUAGAACUUUGGGACAGACUGUAUCAUUCUUGGUUUGUAAAGAAUGUAACGCACUCUGGAAGGCUCAAAGGACACAAGAUGCACAUAAGUCGUCAGAAUAGCUGGCUGGGAGACAUUCUGGACUGGCAGGAUAUCGCUUCCUUUGUCCAUGAGAACAUUGAGACAUUUCUUUCGAUCUUAGAGUCCCUGUGGAUCGUGAUGAGCCGGAACGUGAGCCUGCUCUUCACCACUGUCACCACGCUCCUGGCCAUCCUCUUCUAUAGCGGGACUGCCCUCCUCAACUUUGUCCUGUCUCUGAUAAUUUUCCUGACCACACUAUUUUAUCUGUUAAGUUCCAGUGAUGAGUACUACAAGCCAGUGAAGUGGGUGAUAAGCCUGACACCACUAUCUCAGCCAGGUCCUUCUUCUAAUAUUAUUGGCCAGUCUGUGGAAGAAGCUAUCAGAGGGGUGUUUGAUGCUUCCCUCAAAAUGGCUGGCUUCUACGGAUUAUACACCUGGCUGACUCAUACUAUAUUUGGCAUCAAUAUUGUCUUCAUACCAUCAGCUUUAGCAGCAAUCCUUGGAGCAGUGCCAUUUCUAGGCACAUAUUGGGCAGCAGUACCUGCAGUUCUAGACCUGUGGCUUACACAAGGCUUAGGAUGCAAAGCCAUCUUACUGUUGGUUUUUCAUCUCUUGCCGACAUACUUUGUAGAUACUGCCAUCUAUUCUGAUAUAUCAGGAGGUGGCCAUCCUUACUUGACAGGCUUGGCAGUGGCUGGUGGAGCGUACUACCUGGGCCUGGAAGGAGCAAUCAUUGGGCCCAUACUUCUCUGCAUACUUGUGGUCGCUUCCAAUAUCUAUAGUGCUAUGUUAAUGAGUCCCACGAAUUCAGUACCCACACCAAACCAGACCCCGUGGCCUGUUCAGACUCAGCGUGAUAUGCGGUACGAUACUCUCUCUCGUGAUGCUGGGCAGCGGCAGCGCGCAGCUCCUAAUCAGCCACACGAUCAGGACUUUCCGUGACAUUUCUGAAGAUCUGAAGCCUUCAGUAGACUGACUUGGUUUCUAAACCACAGUGAUUUCUCUAGGAAAUUCAACCUUGACUGUGAGUUUAGCUCAGCUGUGGCUGCCUAUCCUUUCAGCUGUGCCUGGCAAACAGAGCCCAGGAAAAGAAGCAGAAGCCUCCUAGCCUUCCAUACAGAACGCCCGGACAAGAGAGGACUUGCUGUGCUUUGCAUUUUAAAGCACAGCUUUGGAGCUCAGAAAUGUGGUUUACUCACUUAACUGUUGCUAAGAUGGCUUGAAAAGUUUCAGUUUAUAAACUGGUACCAUGGCUUGAAAUUUUCCCACUUUGGUUAUGUAUAUUACAAUAUGUAUUUAUAAAGUUUUUUAAAGAGUCCUAAACUACCUGCUGUAUACAGUGUAGUUUUCUCCUGUUUUAAGAAAUCUGUCUUUAAACUUUUCUGUGACAGUCACUUUUCCGUGAAGAGGGCUUUCACUUUUGAGAAUGUAGUUGCUUGAGCGGGAAAAAUGAGUCUUCUCCCUUCUUCCACAGUGUAUGGUCCUCUCUGUAAGGAAGAGCAAAUCUUCAGUGUAAGGGCAGGUGGCUUAUUUGAAGUUCAGUUAGUUGUAUGUUACAACCACAGGAGAUCACAGAAAGACCGAAGCUCUUCCUCCCCUUCUCCCUCCAUCCGCUACUGCUCUAUUGCCAAAUUUUUUAAACUUGGCUGACCACAUUGAAAUUAAAUACUUAUUAAGCUGCUAUUAAUGGUAACAGUAUGAUAGAAUUCAUGUUGUAAUGUUUUUCUUUCCAAAUGUUUUAAGAAAAAAAUCUCGGGCUGCAGUGCUCCGAUCAUUAAAAGUAUCCCUGUUUCACUAUUUGGAAUUUGACCAAUUAGUUUUAUUAGCAGUAAAAUUUUAUAUCUGUGUAGUAUUUUCCCAUCACUUAGCACAGUGCCUUGCACAUAGACUCUUUUUUUUUGUUUUGUUGUUUUGCGGUACGCGGGCCUCUCACUGCUGUGGCCUCUCCCGUUGCGGAGCACAGGCUCCGGACUCGCAGGCCCAGCGGCCAUGGCUCACGGGCCCAGCCGCUCCACGGCAUGUGGGAUCUUCCCGGACCGGGGCACGAACCCAUGUCCCCUGCAUCAGCAGGCGGACUCUCAACCACUGCGCCACCAGGGAAGCCCGCACAUAGACUCUAGAUGAAUGCUUGUUGAAUUAAAUUAUGACUUUUAAAAUAUCUCAGAUAUCACAAUAACCAGCAUAGUGCUCUACAUUUGACAAAGUCUUUUUGCACAUAUUAUUUCACAAGCACUUCACAUCAGCUUUCAUAUAGCUUCACAUUAUUUUGCAACAGUUUCACACAGAUGGGGAAGGUAAGGUUCAGAAGUGACCAACUCAAAAGUCGUGAAGUUUAGUAAAAUUUGACCUCAGAUCUUUCUGACUCCACACUCUGCCAACUCUGCUAUAUUGUAGUGUUUCUUUUAAUAUCUUACACAAUUUUUCCAGUGCUAUGAGGUAGAAUAGGUGUCCUGUUCUAUCGCAGACUUGUCCUAGGGUUAAUGACAGGGCUGGGACUAGAACCCAGCUCUUAGCUUUGUGCCCUUUCCACUGUGUAAAACAAUCUUCAGGCUCUUUCUCUGCCCCCAAAGGAGUAUGGAGGAGAAAGAGUUCUUAAGUAACAAAGAUUUCAUUUUUGGAAAACAUUUAAAAGUAGAAAUCAUAUUUUUCUAAAACAUCUUCUCAUUAAGAAGCAUAGUUAAUGAUAAUUACUUUAAAUUUAUUCUGAUAUUACUUCAGAAAAACUCCAUCUAGGAAAGAGGCUACCUUGAGGUCUCUGUCUGUAGAGUAGACUGUACAGAUCUCAUAUAUUUCCUGUGAAUCCUUCAACAAUUACAAUCUGGUAUUCCACCAAGUGUUACAUUUGGCACUAAGUGGCACUAAGUAACUCAUUCUUUUCUUUAAUCACUUGUUCAUUCAUUCAUUCAGUAGAACAUUGGUUGAGAGUUUGCCAGACUCUGGGUUCUAUGCCAGGCACUGUACAGGGUGCUGUAGGGGAUAAUUCAUAAGAAGGCCUUCUCUCACCUUAAAUCUUAGCCAGAUCAUGUGUAUUGCUAAAAUUAAAAAUUUUGCAUUAAAAGUAUUAAGAAAGAAAGCAGGUUUGUUUUUGUUAAUGGUAUACUGAUAAGUUUACAGCUGUGAUUAGCACAUAUUUAUGAGAGGCAAACACUAUGCACAGUAAGUUAGUGUGCAUAUACAAAUUAUGUUCUUCCAAAGUGCUUUUAGCUCUGUAAAGUGAUAUUGCAAAAAUAUAAAUUUGAGGUAAUAUAUGGCUCUUGCUGGUAGUGUGAAUACCAGGUCCUUAGAGGGGGACUCUGAGCCCUAAGAGAAUAGUUUAGAGCUGCCAAAAUUAGCAAUGAUGUAGUAUCACCCUGAAGUAUCAGGAGCAGAGGUGCCCCAGAGCACUCCCCAGUCCUGUCAGGAAACUUGAACUGCCCCAGUACUCCAGCAACAGCCUAAGGACUUGAAGUCCCUGCAGCUGGGGGAGGUCUUCCUGGAACCCUCAGAAACAGAGAGAACAUGCCCCCUCAGAUACAGUGAGGAGGUUUUACAGAUCUUCAUAAGGCAUUGAGAUCAAAUGAUAUGAAAAAGUAGGAGUUUCAAGCUCGAGUCUCAAAGGUGAUUCUCAGGAUUUGACCCAGAAAGAAGCUUCCUUAGGAACAGAUAAUGCAUUGAUGAAGUAGAAGUAGCUUCAGCAAAAACAUAGUACAGAAAUCCUGUCACAAUGUCCUGCAUUUUAUAGCUUUAUUAAAGAUGAGUUUGAAGGUCACAUUCACUACUCAAUUGUAAACUGAAUGGAGGGGAUAAGAUCUCCCCACACAGUAUGUUCCUCUCUUUUCUGAGAACGACGCACUGGAUUUUCAGAUAAACUCCAUGUCAUGUAAGUCCAGCUUCAGUUCCAAAAUUCCUAUCACACUCUCUGUUUCUGGAAGUGAUCUCUGCCAGACUGCCUUAGAUACCAAUUUUAUUUAUUCUUAAGUUUGCAAGGAUUCUUAACACGCAUUUCCAUUAGAGGUGGUUAGCUGGCAGAGUUUUCCCUUGACUUCUGAGACUGGUGCAAAUUGACUCUUGAUACCCAAGAAGUGUUAUUUAAACAAACUAAGUAGCUUUGGAAAUAGCCGUUUAUUCCAUUAAAGGGCUUGCACAUGAGGUCCUCUGGCCAACCUUGGUCUUAACAAGAACCCAUUGUGACCCAUCAGGACUUGCUGGUACCCCUAGUUCCCACUUUUGUUGUAUUUAGAGCUUCAGGAUGUGUCACUACUGAGCAAGAAAUGCUCAGAAAUUCAGGCUGAGGGGUUAGAUUAGAGCAAAGUAAUUUUAGGUGAGUUAUCCAGAGCUUUCAACCUCAAGGUUUAUAGGAAAACCCCUACAGUCUCCUCUAAGGGUCUUCCAAGAUCCUUACAAAAGUAUUAGACUAGGCAUUUUGCAGUAGAACUAUAGCCUCUGGCAACAUACUUCCAAAUGCUAGUUCCCGCCAAGAACAAGUAUUUCUUUGCUUUUUAUGUAUUUCUUGUCUUUACCCAUUUUGCCAUUAAAAUAUAUUCAUUUCCUUAACUUAUUGAGGAUCUGCAAAAAAUAUGAAUACUACGUGAAACCACUGAACAGUUAAUUUUUUUGGUAGUUCAAAAAUAAUCAAGAGAAUUACAAAUCAAGAUGUUCUGCCUGCACCCUGGAGUCAUAGGAAUUCUAUGCCAGAUGAGCCUUAUCUAAUUAGGUGAUCCUGUCAUUUUCUAGAGAAGGAAACAAAUCCACAGGUUAAAGUGUCUUUUCUGACCAGUCAGUAACAAUUCAGAGCAGAGUAAGUUUUUUUCUCUCAACCCAUUGUUCUACUUCUCUUCCCUUCCUCUUGUAGUUGAGUAGCUUUUGGAAAAAUGUGUUCCUUAUAGCAGUAGUUGCAAGGGAUGUUAUUAGAUGUUACAAGAGAACAAAAGUGUAUGUGGGGUGGGGGGGGGUGGGGACUCCAAGCUCAGUUAAAAUUGAGGAAUGCUGAGUUUGUUUCCUUUCUUUAGGACUUUGAAGAGUUUUUAAUGUGCUCUUAUAUAUUGUGAAUUUAUAAGGGGACAAAGACUGUGUUUACGAGACUUAUUUGACCUUAAACUGCGCCCCAUCCUCCUUUUCUCAGAGCAGCUCAAAGGACUCCGUGUCCUUUGGGAAACAUGGCUCUCAAAAGUUUACAGGUCUUUUAGAAGACAUCCCUAAUGGAAUUCUGAAUGGUACAUCCACCAAGUAAACCGUAAUAUAUCUCAAAGUUUAGUGAGAUGCCAGAAAGAAAACAUAUUUGCCAUUCAGAGCUAUACAUCAAGUAUAGAGAUUCUUUUCUACCUAUGGUGUGUAGAAUCAGUAUUUGUGUUUUGGUUUUGAAAGUUUUUCAAAGAUCAAUUAGUGUGCAAAUACAGUGGUGAUAUAUUGAUAAUUACAUUUUAAUAAUGCUUUUUUGUGUCGCACUUUAUAGUUUUCAGAAUGCUUUCAUAACAACCCUGUGAGACAGGCAGGUGUAAGUAUUAUCAGAUGAGGCACUGGAGGCUCAGAAAGGUUUUUGUGAUUUUCCCCUUAAGUUUAUACCACAAAAUGAUGGAGCCAGAAUUCAGUUGCAGAGCUUCUGACUCCAAGUCCAGAAUUCUUUACUCCACACCUGGUUUCUUACUUUUUCUUCUAGCUUCAUAUUUUACUAUGAAAGGUAUGGAAGCAGAUCUUAAACAUCAUUUUGGCUUCUUAUCAAAUACUAUUUUUUAUGGCAGUGACCCAGAAAGUGUAACUCCAAUUGUAGUUAUCCCAAAGAAAACCCUUCUUUGUGCUUUGCAGUGCCACUUGUCUAGGUGAUUGGAGUGUAUUUCAAAUACCAUUUGAUUUUGAAACCAAGAUUGGAUAUAUAGUUUUAAUUGCUUAUGUAACUUCUGGAAAAUGUAUCAUCUUUGCAUUCUCAGGCAAAGUAGAGAUGGUUUGAAGGUAAAAAAAAGAUUAUUCAAAUACAACAAUACAUCUUUAUUCUCACAAACUGUUUCUUAGCUUUAACUUGCGUUGACAACCGACUGAUGUAACAUCUUUGUAAAUGUAAAAUAUUUAUAUUUUGAAAUAAAAUUACUGUGUUGAAUGAA